ACAUGGCUCUCCCGGCGGCCGGCGGGGCGCGCUAGUGUUGGGGUCCCGCCGUCCUGAGGCUCGAGCUCGUGCGGGUCGGUCGGUCGUCGGGGCCUGCGCGGGGCCCGGGCCCAUGGCUGCGUCGGCGGCUCUGUCUGCGGCGGCGGCGGCAGCGGCCCUGUCUGGCUUGGCGGUUAGGCUGUCGCGCUCGGCGGCGGCCCGAGGCUCAUACGGCGCCUUCUGCAAGGGGCUCACGCGCACGCUGCUCACCUUCUUUGACCUGGCCUGGCGGCUGCGCGUGAACUUCCCCUACUUCUACAUCGUGGCCUCGGUGAUGCUCAACGUCCGCCUGCAAGUGCGGAUCGAGUGAGCGCCGGCGGCGGCGGCGGCGGCAGAGGCCCGGCUGGAGGGGCGCCCUUGUCCCCGCCCGCCCCCGGCCGGGUCGCGGGCAUGAAGGAAAGCUGGGUCGCGGUGGGGGGCGGAGGCUGGGCGGCCCAGGCCCCUGGACUCUAGACCUACGCCGCCCGGGCACGAAGGCCCAGCCCUGGCCCCGGCCGCGGUCUCAGCCCGGGACCCCGGCUCGCGCAGAAACGUACUGAACAGGCCCCUACCAUUGGGCUCCAGAAACUACCUGAGCUCGGACGACCUGUUGCCUCAUAUUGGCCAAAGAGGGGGAAACCAGAAGGAGGGAAUUCUGCUGCGGCGAGUUGACUUUCCAGGCCCCGAGCAGAAAGGCAUUGACGUUUGUAGGCGGUGACCCGCCCCUUCUCUGGCCUUGCCAAGAGUCUCAUCCCUACCCUGGGGCACCUCUGGCCCUGGACCUGCUUGGGCAGAGGCAGCGUGAAGGGCCUGAACAAGAGGAGAAGAAGGGCCUUCCUAGUAGAGGCACAGCAUGGACAAAGGCUCACAGGGGUGGGAGUGCCCAGUGAUCGAGUCCUGGCUUGGGAAGGAAGGUCUGAGUUCCCCGGGAACUGAAAUCUGCUAGCAGCCCUGUGAGAGGUGUAUUUCCCCUUCCUAAUGACAGAGGAAACUGAGGCUUCGGGAAGGGGGGGGAUUUCCCCUUCACACACAGAUAGGAGGAGGAGGAACUGCAUGUGCCCCUGGGCCUGCAGGCCCCCACACCCCUCCCAAGUCUUCUCCAAGACCUGGCAUGGUGGGAGGAGGGAGGGGGAAAUGAAGAGGGAAGCAUAGGGCUCCUAGGGCACCAAGGGAGAGGGGCCCAAGGGUAGGGAAACUGGGGAUCUCGCUUUCUUUGGAGCAGUACGGAAAGUCACAGGGAAGAUUAGGACAGACAGCUGAGAUGGGAGACAGGAGAGAUGAGCCCCAGGACCCCUGGGGAGCCAAGCUUUCCCCCACAGCCUAGCCUCCCCACCCCACCUGGAGCUUCACCAAGGGCUUCUCAGCAGUGAAGUGGCACAAACCUCCCAGUUUGGUGGGCAAGUGGGGAUGAUGGUGGUGUCAUGGCUCCUGGAGACAUGACAUAACCAGGACGGUGAAGGGAUAAACCUGAGGUGGGCUGGGGCUGAGACCCAUGGGAUGACCCCAAUUCUCUCUCCUCAAGCUCGACCCCCCCAUCCCCAGGAUCACACAGGAGAAUCUCAUCCUCACGGCUUGGAUUGGUCCUGGGGGCCCCCGGGUGUGCUGCUAACUGGUGUACAAUGCUCAGGAGCAGCCCAGAGGGGAGCCAGGAAGGGACCUCGCCCUCACCUUCUAUCCCCAUUUCCGCAUCUCUUGCACUGGUACCCCGAGGGCCACGUUCUCAGUUCCUGGGACUGGAAACUGCAGCAGUCUGGCCAGCUCCAGGGACAGAGUGGCCCAACCACCUACCACGUACCCUCCUCAGCUGCCCACUGGACCCAGGUCCUGAAUGAAGCUGUCCGCCUGCCUCACCCCAGAAGAGGCUGGACAGUGGCUGCCUCGUGCGCCCUGCAGUCUCCCACAGCCAGGGCCUGAUGGCGUGCCUCCUUGUCCCAAGUCUCCUGAGAACCCCUGACCUUGCUGGCCUCUCUCAUCCCCCCCAAUCCUGUCCACCCUUGACCACCUCUGGGGGUCUGUCAGCCUGCUGGUCCCCCCAACAGAUCUCUGAGGGCAGCCUCUGUGGGACAAGAGUGACACAGAGCUGGAGGAGAAGAGGAGUGAGGGGCCUCCUUGUGUCUGAUGCACAGAUGUGGCCGUUUCAAACCCUGAUGUCACCCUCUGGGUGACUGGAUCCCUAGCUCCAGCCUCUUCCUGGGCCAGCCAGGAAGGGUGGAGGAAAGUUCUUUGCUGAGUGCAUGCGUGAUACUGUGGGGGGGUGCCUGAGCCCUCCCCAUGCAAGGGGCUCAUCCUGGGACUCUGGAAGCUGCUUCCCUACUGGGAGAAAUGUGUGUCGGAGCUGCAGGGGUCCCUACCCUCAGAGACCCCCGACUGCAGGGAGCCCCACCCCAUAAGAGGGUCAUGGAAGUCCAUGUCUGCCCACCCCCCAUGGCUUCUGCUGUGGCUGUAUUGGCCUAGAGGGGCUGGCUGGGGAGGAGCAGGGCUGAGCCCUCAGCAUUUGCUCCUGUCCCUGCCUUUUCACCCCUGCUGCCUGAAGUGGUAGCCCCGCCAGCUGCUUCUCUACCUCCCCUCUCCACCUCUUCUCUUCCCUACGGGGCCCUUGCUGCGUGAUGGGGUCUCCAUGCACUUUAUUUAUUUGCAGUCUGUUUUCUAGGCUGUGGAGCUUCUAGACACCAACCGGAAUGACAUACUUUUCUCUUUGUGAUUCACUGUGUACUGGUCAGCACAGGCUGGCCAGAGAGAUGUUCUUGUUUCUGGUGUUGUCAUGUCUUCUUGUUUUCUCUACGUUUAAAAAAAAAAGUCCUUGGUUUAAUACACUAAAAUCCCAA